CUUGGAAGGGGAUUCCGGGAUCUACUCUGGAUUUUGAAUUUGGGCUCUAUUGUUUGAUGAGUCUAUAAGCCGGCUGCGCGGCCAUCCCAGUGCUGUCUUUAUUGUUUCCCGCAGAUCUUAGCUUCAGCUCCGGUCUUCGGUCUCGCCACGAGCUGUGCUUCUUUUUCCUCCUCCUACUCCUCCUACUCCUCCUCAUCAGGAUCUUUGCAAUUCCACCUGCAAAAGGUCUCUCACAUCAGCUCAACAAUUUCCCUCUACAUCUGCGGCGACGUCAAUCCUCAGAGAGAGCACUGGAUCAACACACCUCAACCAGACGUCAUGGACUCGCUGCUCGCCAACGCCAAACACGUCGGCGACGCACUCGUCGUUCCGGUCCCGAGCCUGCUCGCCCAGCAACCCACCUCCCUCACCGUGAACCUUGGCUUCCGCGUCGCGCUGGGCAUCAUCGCCGACCUAGUAUGCCUGGUGCCCUUCUGGAUACUGGCCCGCAACGGCGAGUUUGCCGCCUCGCUCUACGUCCUCAACAUUAUAUUCUUGAACCUUGACACCGUUGUCAACUCGCUCAUCUGGCGCAACAACGAUACGGCAUCCUGGUGGCCGGGAUUCGGCUUCUGCGACCUGGACAACUUCUUCCGCAACGGCGCCAAGGCGCUGUUUCUCACGUGCCUGCUCGCCAUCAUGCGAAAUCUGGCUAUACAAGUCGGGCGGCUGCGUGCGAACCCGCUGUCAAUCAAGGAGAGGCGCAGGCGAAUCCUCGUGCAGGCCCUCAUCAUUUUCCCCUGGCCAUUGUCCGUGAUAGCCUGGACGUAUCCCCUCGCGGCGAACAGAUAUGUCAUCGGCACCUUGAGCGGCUGCGACUGGUCCACCUCGUCAUCCUGGCCCUAUCUCGUCUUCUUCGUCAUACCACCCCCGGUCGUGGCUGCUGUGACUCUGGCAUAUUCGGUUCUCAUAUUUUUCCGAUUUCGUCAAUUGUCCAGGACCAACGAACCGGCUCUCUCAACCAACAGCACAAUCCAUCGCCGUAGUGUCCGGACACGCCGGAGACUCUACCUCAUGGUUGUAUCUAUCAUCGUGCCCUUUUUCCCAAUCGUCAUCGCCCUCACCGUGCUCAACAUCAUCGACAUGGGCGCCCUGGAGCCGUUCAAUUACGACUUGAUCCACAACCCGCCCGGCCUAUUCCCCUGGAACACGAUUGGCAUGCUCCCUUCAGAUCAAGUCAGCUGGGGGUACAGGAAUACCCAAUACAUUGCUAUUCUUACUGCCAUACCUAUCUUUGGUUUCUUCGGCACUACCAGAGACGCCGUGAACAUCUACCGAAAAGGAUUGCUGAUGCUCAGGCUCGGACGCAUUUUCCCCGGCCUCAACGAGGUCUAUGAUCCAGACAAGAGCAGGUCAGGAAGUGGCUCUUACGGCUCAACCGCGACAACCACGACGAGAGGAGGUUCAACUGUCACCAGCGGCUCAACAGCCUAUUCGCACGCGCUGAAGAGUCUCACGCCCAGCACCAAUAACACCCGCCGCGACUCAGUAACACGAGGCCCGGAGCCCGCCGUCAGUGACGACGUCGACGUGGAACGCGGUGAGGAGCCAGCGGCGCAACACCUGCAUCAGUCCGCGGAGCCUGGAGCGGCGGGCGCACAUGAAACGAUCCCAAAUCCCAUCCACCGCAACCCAUUUCCCUUCCGGACUCAUUUUAACCUACACCUACCCUGGUGCUCGCCAUCAUCGAGGUCAGAGCGCGCAACGGCUGCGCAGGGAGGACCGGAUCGGCCCGUGAGCUACGGAUCUCAAGCAAGCACUACGUCACAUCCGCGCAUCUUAGAAGCCCACGACGAGGAGGCCCGCCUGAGCUUGGGCUGGGUGGUAGGCGAGCAGUCGAGAGACAGGCGUGCCAGGGUGGACUCGGAGUUCACGUCGACGCUGCUCCAUUCGAGCGCCAACCAGGGGCAAUAAAGAG